AUGGCGUGGUGUAUAAAGGGCGCGAACAGAUCGGCGAUGUCGGCGUUUGCGCCCAAUGGCCCGUACAUGGCGGCGGGGACGAUGGCGGGUGCGGUGGAUCUGCAGUUCAGCUCCUCUGCCAAUCUGGAUAUAUUCGAGCUCGAUUUCGCGUCGAACGAUCGGCAGCUGAUCCUGGCGGGAUCCGCGCCGAGUUCUGAGCGCUUCAAUCGGAUUUCGUGGGGUAAGGGACCCGCUGAUUCCGAGGAGUAUUCGCUCGGCCUCGUUGCCGGUGGCCUCGUCGAUGGGAAUAUCGGGCUCUGGAACCCCAAGUCUCUGAUCUCUUCUGGCACAAAUAAAAAGACUUGUGAUACAAUAGAGAAUGCUCUUGUUGGGAAUCUUUCAAGACAUAGAGGACCAGUUCAUGGUUUGGAGUUCAGUUCCCUUUCUCCGGACCGUCUUGCUUCUGGAGCUGAUGAAGGUGAUAUUUGUAUAUGGGAUGUAUCAAAACCAUUGGAACCAACACCACUCAAGGGUAGUGGAUCUGCUACACAAGAUGAAAUUUCAUUUUUGUCCUGGAAUAGCAAGGCGAAGCACAUACUUGCUUCCACAUCAUAUAAUGGGACAACUGGUAAGAAGAAUUGUCUUGGUUUAAUAUAUACCCUUGAAUCUUGCAUUUUGCUUGAAAUAAUAGCCCUGUCUGUAAUUUCAGUGGUUUGGGAUCUGAACAAGCAAAAGCCAGUUAUAAGUUUCUCUGAUUCAACUAGAAGGAGGUGCUCUGUGUUGCAGUGGAAUCCGGAUGUUGCUACGCAGCUUAUAGUUGCUUCUGAUGAAGAUAGUUCACCUUCUCUCAGGCUGUGGGAUAUGCGGAAUAUAAUGUCACCCGUAAAAGAGUUUGUAGGGCACACUAAAGGAGUCAUUGCAAUGUCGUGGUGCCCCACUGACAGCUCUUAUCUGCUUACAUGUGCUAAAGAUAACCGAACCAUAUGCUGGGACACUUUAUCUGGAGAGAUAGUGGCUGAACUGCCUGCUGGAACCAACUGGAAUUUUGAUGUGCACUGGUAUUCUGAAAUACCUGGAGUCAUAUCGGCUUCUUCAUUUGAUGGGAAUAUUGGCCUUUAUAAUAUAGAGGGAUGUGGACGUUAUGGCUUUGCUGAAAGUGACUUCAGUGCAGCAUCAUUCAAAGCUCCAAAGUGGUACAAUUCUAAAGCUGGAGUAUCAUUUGGUUUUGGUGGGAAACUUGUUUCAUUUAACUCCAAUAAGGUAUCCAUGGGAAUUUUAACUAUCUAUUUGCGUGACUUAGUAACAGAGCAAGGUUUAGUGAGUCGAUCAUCUGAAUUCGAAGUUGCGAUAAAGAAUGGUGACAGAUCAACCCUGAAACUAUUAUGUGAAAGGAAAUCUCAAGAGUCCAAGUCUGUUGAGGAGAGGGAAACUUGGGGCUUCUUGAAGCUUAUGUUCAACGAGGAAGGGACCGCAACGUCAAAUAUUCUUUCUCAUCUGGGCUUCAGUCAACCAGCUGAAGAAAACAGUACCUUAAAUAACGAAAUAUCUAAGCAAAUGAAUGCCCUCGACUUAGGUAACAGUACGGAAAACGGAGAAGUAAUAUCUGAAAACCAACAAUCCUCAUUGCUUGUGACUGAUAAUGGGGUAGAUUUCUUCGAUAAUAUUCCUAGUCCAAGAGCAGAUACACCUAGGUCAACUUUUACGAAUGAAGUUAUAAGUGGUGACACUGGAAAUGAGUCACUACAAGAACUGAGUGGACAAGAUGAGAGCUCUAGUUCUUCAUUUGAUGAUGCAGUACAGCGUGCUCUGGUCGUCGGGGAUUAUAAAGGGGCAAUUGCACUAUGCAUAUCAGAAAAUAGACAGGCAGAUGCUUUGGUCAUUGCUCAUGUCAGCGGCCCUGCCUUGUGGGAGAGUACACGUGAUCAGUACCUGAAUGCUAGUCAUUCUCCUUAUCUAAAGGUGGUUCUUUCUGCCAUGGUGAACAAUGACCUCAUGAGCAUCGCAAAGACAAGGCCACUAAAAUCAUGGAAGGAGACUCUUGCCCUGUUUUGCACAUUCGCACAGCCGGAUGAGUGGGCUCAAUUAUGCAAUACUCUUGCCGCCAGACUCAUAGCCGUUAAUGAUACAGCUGCAGCAACCCUCUGUUAUGCAUGUGCUAGAAAUAUUGACAAAGUAGUGGAGAUUUGGUCAAGGAAUCUUGGAAGGGAGCACGAUGAAAGUUCCUAUUUAGACCGUCUCCAGGAUUUAAUGGAGAAGACCAUUGUCUUUGCUGUUGCUACUGGAGAGAAGCAAUUCAGUUCUUCGUUAUGUAAGCUAAUUGAGAAAUAUGCUGAAAUACUAGCAAAUCAAGGGCUUCUAAGUACCGCUAUGGAGUACUUGAAUCUUCUGGGGACCGAACAACUAUCCACUGAACUUAUGAUCUUACGUGACCGUAUAGCAUUAUCAACCGAGCCAGAAAUUUUUGAGACCUCAACUUGUGAUAACUCUCAAUUACAAAAUGGAUAUGCUUACAGUGCUCGCCAAUCAAGUCAUGGUGUUACUGGUGCUUCUCAAAAUUAUUAUCCAGAUGCAAACCCAUCCCAGGUACAAUCAACUGUUCCAAGCAGCCCAUACAGUGAAAAUUAUCAACAGUAUAAUGCUCCUCCAACAUAUCAACCAGUUCCCGCACCAAAUAUCCAGCCGACCAGAUUUGUUCCUUCUCCGCCUGUUCCAGCCUCAGUGCCAAGCUAUCCUCUGCCUCCAAUAAAUACUCGGCCUGCUGCAAAGUUUGUUCCUUCAAAUCCUCCUUUGUUGAAGAACCUCGAGCAAUACCAGCAGCCAUCAUCCUUGGGCUCUCAGUUGUAUCCAGUUGACGCUAAUCCUAAUUACCAACGAGGCCCUCCUGUGAUUGCUGCUUAUGAUGCCAACAUAUCUCAAAUUGGACCAGCCUCUGUGCAAUCCAUGCCCCAGAUGUUCACUCCUAAUCCACCUCGCGUUUUUACCCCCGUCAGUAGUAAUUUUACCCCCGUCAGUAGUAAUUCAGAGGCUCAAAGACCUGGGAUGAAUCAAGUUCAACACCAGCCUCCUCAGCAUCAACCAACUGUAACUCCUGCGAGUCCCCUGCCAACUGUGCAGACAGUUGAUACUUCUAGUGUGCCCGCACCACAGAAACCUGUUAUCACAACCUUGACGAAACUCUUUAACGAGACAAGUGAAGCUCUAGGCGGAGCACUAGCAAACCCGGCCAAGAAGCGGGAAAUAGAGGACAACUCAAAGAAGUUAGGUGGCUUGUUUGCCAAGCUCAAUAGUGGAGACAUAUCCGCAAAUGCAGCAGAAAAGCUUGUACAGCUCUGCCAGGCACUCGACAAUGGUGAUUUCGGUACAGCCCUUCAAAUCCAGGUGCUUCUCCCAACAAGUGAUUGGGAUGAGUGCAAUUUUUGGCUGGCUACUCUCAAAAGAAUGAUCAAGACGAGACAGAAUUUAAGAUAA